AUGUACAACGCGGACUAUAUCUACUGCUGCCGUCCCCUCCCAAGCACCGGCAAAAGUCCUGUACACGACACCAUCAGUUCACUGAUCAGUCACAGCUGCUAUACGCGAGAAAGCAAGGUCCUUCUACCAGAGCAACAGCAAAGCUUCAUCUGCAAAUCUAUUCAGUCCUUGCCGACAGCCAUAUACUCAUCGCCGUGCAAGUCACACCACUCGUCCUGCGUCAUGCCUUCGCACUACAGCAGGUCUCAGUGCCGCUGCGUCGUCUGGACCCUCUAUUACACACGCUGCGGUCACUAUGUUGACGCCAGCAGUAGCCGUGACUGCACCGCGAGCACUCACAACCCUACCGAAAUGGGCUGCGAGGAGCGCGAUGGGUACUGCAUGCAGCCCGACUGCCCUGCAUCAUAUUCAGGCAGGUCAAGUAGACGGAGCAGGCGCUAG